CUCACCUGCUGUGCUUUUCCAGCGCCACACUUUUCAAUACUGACUCUCCAGUGUCUGCAGUCCUCACUUUGACGUCAAUGUCUGACAGUCACUCAAUCCAUUGGGACCGCAACGGUUUUCAUCUAUGAUUCUGUGAGAAGGAGCAAAGCUUUUUGGUUCCUGUCUAAGUACGUUUUCAGCAUCAGCGGGACUGGAUGAGAGACCCUACCAUUGCAGUGCACUGAGUGUGGAGCCUAAAAUAACUAUACGGCCUGGAAAGAGGAAUUCACAGCAGGGAGUGGCUCCACACUUCGGCCAUGGAAAAACGCGAGGAAUCCCACCUCUUGGAGAAACCAUGGAAGUGUGGUGACUGCGGGAAAGGCUUCCGUUUUCCAUCUUCCCUGGAGAUUCAUCGGCGUAGUCACACCGGGCAGAGGCCAUUCACCUGCCCAGUCUGUGGGGAGGCCUUCAGAUAUUCCUCCACCCUGCUGACCCACCAGCGGAUCCACACGGGGGAGACGCCCUACAGCUGCCCCGAGUGCGGAAAGGCCUUUACCCAGGUCUCUGGACUGCAAAACCACCAGUGGGUCCACACAGGGGAGAGGUCCUUCAGCUGUCCCGAGUGCAGGAAGGGCUUCAGCAAUUCCUCCUCUCUGCUGAGGCACCAGCGGGUCCACACAGGGGAGAGGCCCUUCAGCUGCCCUAAGUGCAGGAAAGCCUUCAGGGAUUCCUCCUCUCUGCUGAGGCACCAGCGGGCCCACACUGGGGAGAGGCCCUUCAGCUGCCCCGAGUGCAGGAAGGCCUUUAUCCAGGUCUCUGGACUGCUAAACCACCAGUGUGUCCACACUGGGGAGAGGCCGUUCAGGUGCCCAGAGUGCAGGAAGGCUUUCAGCAAUUCCUCCGCUCUGCUGAGGCACCAGCGGAUCCACACAGGGGAGAGGCCCUACAGCUGCCCCGAGUGCAGGAAGGCCUUCAGCAAUUCCUCUGCCCUGCUGAGCCACCAGCGGGUCCACACGGGGGAGAGGCCCUUCAGCUGCCCCGAGUGCAGGAAGGCCUUCAGCAAUUCCCCCAACCUGCUGAGGCACCAGCGGGUCCACACAGGGGAGAGGCCCUUCAGCUGCCCCGAGUGCAGGAAGGCCUUCAGCAAUUCCUCCGCCCUGCUGAACCACCAGCGGGUCCACACAGGAGAGAGGCCCUUCAGCUGCCCCGAGUGCAGGAAGGCCUUCAGCAAUUCCUCCGCCCUGCUGACUCACCAGAGGGUCCACACGGGGGAGAGGCCCUUCAGCUGCCCCGAGUGUGGGAAGGCCUUUACCCGCUCCUCCCACCUGCUGAGGCACCAGCGGGUCCACACCGGGGAGAGGCCCUUCAGCUGUCCCAAGUGCGGGAAGGCCUUCAGCAAUUCCUCCGACAGGCUGACCCACCAGCGGGUCCACACUGGCGAGAGGCCAUUCCCCUGCCCCAAGUGUGGGAAGGCCUUCAUCAGCUCCUCCCACCUCCGGAGGCACCAGCGAGUUCACACCGGGGAGAGGCCAUUCCCCUGCACCGACAGUGGGAAGGCUUUCAGCACAUCCUCCCACCUGCCGGCCCACCAGCAGCACCACACAGAGGAGAUGCCCUUCAGCUGCCCAGAGUGCGGGAAGGCCUUUACCCGGUCCUCCACCCUGCUGAGGCACCAGCGUGUCCACACCGGGGAGAGGCCUUUCAGCUGCCCUGAGUGCGGGAAGGGCUUCAGCGAUUCCUCCACCCUGCUGACCCACCAGCGGGUCCACACGGGGGAGAGGCCAUUCACCUGCACUCAGUGCGGGAAGGGCUUCAGCGAUUCCUCCAACCUGCGGAGCCACCAGCGGGUCCACACGGGGGAGAGGCCCUUCAGCUGCCCUGAGUGUGGGAAAGGCUUCAGCAAUUCCUCCGCCCUGCUGACCCACCAGCAUGUCCACACCGGGGAGAGGCCGUUCACCUGCUCUCAGUGUGCGAAGGGUUUCAUCUGCUCCUCUACCCUGCGGAUCCAUCAGCGGGUCCACACGGGGGAGAGGCCCUUCAGCUGCCCCGAUUGCGGGAAGGCCUUCAGCACUUCCUCCGCCCUUCUGACCCACCGAUGGGUCCAUACUAGGGAGAGGCCGUUCAUCUGCUCUCAGUGCGGGAAGGGCUUCAGUACUUCCUCCGACCUCCAGACCCACCAGCGGGUCCACACCGGGGAGAGGCCCUUCAGCUGCCCCGAGUGCGGGAAGGCCUUUACCCAGGCCUCCACCCUGCUGAGGCACCAGCGGGUCCACACCGGGAAGAGACCGUUCAGCUGCUCUCAGUGCGGGAAGGGCUUCAGUACUUCCUCCCACCUGCUGACCCACCGGCGGAUCCACACGGGGGAGAGGCCCUUCAGCUGCCCCGAGUGUGGGAAGGCCUUCAGCGAUUCCUCCACCCUACUGACCCACCAGCGGAUCCACACCGGGGAGAGGCCCUUCAGCUGCCCCGAAUGCGGGAAGGCCUUCACCUGCUCCUCCAACCUGCGGAGACACCAGCGAGUUCACGUAGAAAAAAAACCGUGGAAGUGUGGGGACUGUGGGAAAGGCUUCCGUGUCCCGUCUGCCCUGGAGACUCAUCGGCGCAGUCACACUGGGGAGAGGCCCUUCAGCUGCGCUCAGUGUGGGAAGGGCUUCACCUCCUCCUCCCACCUGCUGACCCACCGAUGGGUCCACACUGGGGAGAGGCCGUUCAUCUGCUCUCACUGCGGGAAGGGCUUCAGUACUUCAUCCGACCUUCAGACCCACCAGCGGGUCCACACGGGGGAGAGGCCCUUCAGCUGCCCCAAAUGCGGGAAGGCCUUCAGCGAUUCCUCCACCCUGCUGAGGCACCAACGGGUCCACACAGGGGAGAGGCCCUUCAGCUGCCCCGAGUGCGGGAAGGCCUUUACCCAGACCUCCAGCCUGCUGAUCCACCAGCGGGUCCACACCAUGGAGAGGCCGUUCAACAGCCCCGAGUGCGGGAAGGCCUUCAGCAGGUCUUCCUCCCUGCUGAGGCACCAACAGAUCCACACCAGGGAGAGACCGUACACCUGCUCUCAGUGCGGGAAGGGUUUCACCCGCCCCUCCCACCUACGGAGACACCAGCGAGUCCACACAGGAGAGAGGCCGUUCAGCUGCCCAGAGUGCGGGCAGGCUUUUACCAACAACUCCACCCUGCUGAGGCACCAGCAGAUCCACACGGGGGAAAGGCCCUUCAGCUGCCCUGAGUGUGGGAAGGCCUUCAGCUAUUCCUCCACCCUGCAGAGCCACCGGCGUGUCCACACCGGGGAGAGACCCUUCAGCUGCCCAGAGUGUGGGAAGACUUUCAGCAAUUCCUCCAACCUGAGGACUCACCGGCGGGUCCACACUGGGGAGAGGCCCUUCAGCUGUCCUGAAUGUGGGAAGGCCUUCAGCAAUUCCUCCGACAGGCUGGCCCACCAGCGGGUCCACACUGGCGAGAGGCCAUUCCCCUGCCCCAAGUGUGGGAAGGCCUUCACCCGCUCCUCCAACCUCCGGAGGCCCCAGCGAGUUCACUGCAGAGUUCACACCGGGGAGAGGCCGUUCCCCUGCACUGACUGCGGGAAGACCUUCAGAGAUUACUCCCACCUGCUGAGGCACCAGCGGAGCCACACGGGGGACAAACCCAUCAGCUGCCCAGAUUGUGGGAAGGCCUUCAUAUUUUUCUCUGCCAUGUUGGUCCACCAGCGGGUCCACACGGGAGAGAGGCCAUUCAGCUGCCCUGAGUGUGGGAAGGCCUUCAGCAAUUCCUACAACCUGCAGAGCCACCAGCGGGUCCACAUGGGGGAGAGGCCCUUUACCUGCUCUCUGUGCGGGAAGGCCUUCAGCAGUUCCUCCUCCCUGCUGAGGCACCAGCUGGUCCACACCGGGGAGAGACCGUACACCUGCCCUCAGUGCGGGAAGGGAUUCACCUGCUCCUCCAACCUGCUGACCCACCAGCGGAUCCACAGGGGGGAGAGGCCCUUCAGCUGCCCAGAGUGUGGGAAGGCCUUUACCCAAAUCUCUGCCUUGCGGAGCCACCAGCGGAUCCACUCCGGGGAGAGGCCCUUCAGCUGCCCCGUAUGCGGGAAGGGCUUCAAUCGCUCCUCCUCCCUGCGGAGCCACCAGCGGAUCCAUACAGGGGAGAGGCCCUUCAGCUGCCCCGAGUGUGGGAAGGCCUUUACCCACGUCUCUGCCUUGCGGAGCCACCAGCGUGUCCACACGGGGGAGAGGCCCUUCACUUGCCCCGAGUGCGGGAAGGCCUUCAGCAGUUCCUCCACGCUGCUGACCCACCAGCAUGUCCACACAGGGGAGAGACCGUACACCUGCCCUCAGUGCGGGAAGGGCUUCAACUGCUACUCCACCGUGCGGAGACACCAGCGGAUCCACACAGGGGAGAGACCGUACACCUGCCCUCAGUGUGGGAAGGGCUUCAGCACAUCUUCCUCCCUGCUGAGGCACCAGCGGAUCCACACCGGGGACAGGCCGUUCAUCUGCUCUCAGUGCGGGAAGGGCUUCACCUACUCCUCCCAACUGCAGAAGCACCAGCGAGUUCACGUGCCAUCGCAGGGGGAUUGAAGGAGUGACGGCCGAGUCCCAUUAUCGAUUGGAAUAUCAACCCGGUUCCGGGGACUCCCGGGUUCGAAUCCCGCCAUGACAGAUGGCAGAAUUGGUAUUCGGUCAGAAAUGUGGAAUUCGGAAUCUAACGAUGAGACCAUUUCAGGGAGGGGGUGGUGUGGGGGAGAAAACCCCCAUCUGAUUCCCUCUCUCCCUUGUUAGGGAAGGGAACUGCCAUUGUGGGAAAGGAUACACUCAGUCGUCCCAGCUGCAUCCUUUACCCGGUCUUGCCUACACGUGACUCCAGACCCACAGCAGUCUGGUUGACUCUACGCUGCUCAUCCAACUUACUUGGAUACAGGUUGAAAUUGCUGAGUGAGGCAAUACUCCCUCCAGGUUAAGGCUCCAAUUACAAAGGGACAACUCAGUGGUGACCAAUAAUGAAGUAAGUGAGGGGUUGCACUUUGACCUUGAGCUGUUUUUAAAAAAAAUGCUACUUUUUCUACGCCUUUCUGCUGGGAGAUUCUGAAGCUGUAACAAAGUAGGGUCACAGUAAAGAUUACCUGAACUUCA